AAGCUUCGCUUUUAGCUAGCAAAAUAAAAAAAUAAAUCACAAAAUAAAAAUCAAAACUUCAAUAAACAAAAAAUGUAAAAAAAACUACUUUUUAUUACUGCAAUUAUUUUGCUUAUUUCUUUCAGCUAAUCAAAGCCUGAUCGUAAUUUAGGAAACAUCUUAAGGUGUUUUGCUUAAAUAGGUGAUGUAAUAAAAGAUGUUGCUAAUCUAGUCUCCACUAUCCAAGAGAAAAAGGAUACAUCUGCUGUACUUAAAUCUAUUGGAGAUGUUUCUGGUUAAAUAAAGCCAUUGAUGGAGGAAUGCUCAAAUCCAAUUUGCUUAAUUGAUGCUAAGAAAAGGUGUGAAGAAUCAACAGGAAAAUCUUGCGAAUAAUAUGGUGCUAUUAUGUAUCCUAAAUGUGAUGAGGGUUUUUACAAUGUAGGUUGCUGUUUGUGUGAAUCAUCAUGUCCUCCUGGAUUCAGAGACGAUGGAUUAUUUUGUGCUAAGCCUGAGGCUUAUGGAAGGGGUGUUGGUUACCCUUGGAAAUUUGGUGAUGGCUUUAACUUGAACAAUGCUUAUAAGAGAUGUCAAAGCGAAAAUUCUUAAGGCUGUGAAUAAAAUGGCUUAAUUAUCUACCCUAAAUGUAAUUAAGGUUUUCAUAAUGUUGGUUGCUGUAUAUGUUCUCCUGACUGUCCAUCUGGAACAACUGAUAUUGGAGUUUCUUGCACAAAACCAGUUUAUGGUAGAGGAGUUGGUUAUCCAAUGUAAUAUGAUGAUUGUUAAACCUAAUCAUUAUAAAAUAGUUAGCAAUCAUCAUAGAAUAGUUACGAAUUAUAAUAAAAUAAAGAUUCUUCAGAAUAUCUAUCACUUAAUACUGAGUAGUUGAAAGAUAAAAUCUUAGAAUACUCUUAGAAAUUCAUGCAAAAUAAAGAUGACAAAGACUUGUCAGUUAAGCUUGCUACAGAAUUAUCAAAGUUGAUGGCUGCAUUAGAGGUCAAAUCUUCUAAAAAAUGA